UCUCCCCAAUAUACCCAAAUACUAGGUACCGACUAGGGUUUCAUACAGAAAAAAGACAAUCUCCACAGAGUGCGGCAUCAGAGAGAGAGGGAGAGCGCAAUAUGGGUUCGCGUGAGAAGGACCAGCCGACACCGCACCUGAGCAGCCUAGUUGUACGGCCUACUGACAGUGGCGGAGAAAAUGGAGGUGGNGGUGCCGGUAGCGACUACGAGCCAGGUGAGGUUCGUCGGGAUGCACCGCCGUAUUCACGUUCCGAUCGAUUCUCUGAUAGCCAUGCUGAGCACUUUGCCUGGUGCAAGAACUUUGCUCUUGAAGAAGGCACAUGGUGGGGUUCUGGAUAUAGAGCGCAUGCAGGUUCUGUUUCACCUGUGCGCCAUAGGAAUGCAGAUCAUCGGUAUAGUACUGAUUUUGAUCAUUCAGGUGGCCCACCACGUAGUCAUGGAUUUGGUAGCGGUAGAGAUCCUGGUAGACAUCGAGACUAUUCACCCCCUUAUGGUCGUGGGAGACACUCUGGCAGGUUUGUGGGCAGAAGUUAUGAUGGACCUGGUUAUGGUGCACGGCAAGUUAGAGGAGAAGGUCUGCCUAGAAGCAAUCCAAAUGUACGGCCAAGAGAUGGUGAUUGGAUGUGCACGGAUCCCUUGUGUAACAACUUGAACUUUGCGAGACGAGAGAACUGUAACAAGUGCAAAAGGCCUCGAUAUGCACCUCCAGGGAGUCCUCGGAGGGGUUAUCCCAGCCCUCCUCCCCAUCAUCGCAAUCCUGGCCCCCCAAUCAACCGUUCUCCAGGAAGGUUUGUGAAUGGGUAUAGGUCCCCUCCUCGUGGCUGGGCUAGAGAUGACCCCCGAGAUUUCAGAGCUGGGGUUCCUCAUUCCAGAUAUGAAGGGAGGUUUGCAGAUCCGCCAAUCCGUAGAGAUAGGCCUGAUUUUGCUGAUGCUGAUGGUAGGGACCGAAGUAGGUUUGAACGGCCUCCAGCCUUGGAUUGGGGACAUAGAGAGCGUGGGAGAGACAGCUAUUUGAGUGAGAGAAAAGGUUAUGAAAGGCGAACACCAUCUCCACCUCAUCCACCAGUACUACCACCUCGUGGCCAAUGGCCCCGUGAUAUCAGGGAAAGAAGCCGUUCUCCAGUGAGAGGUGGACCACCACCCAAAGACUAUCGCCGUGAUAUAUACAUGGGAAGGGGACGAGAUGAUCGGAGGGUUGGACGAGGUGCAUAUUAGCUGUUGUUGAAAUGAUUAUAUUUGUUGAACUGUGUUUACUGGUUAGCAGAGGUAAAACGACACAAAUAUUUUCCUAGAACUAGUAUUAUCCAAGCACAUAUUUUCUAUCAAGUUCAGAAUCCGUUUAUGUAACUUUAAAUUGUGCAGGCAUUUGCAAUUGCUGAACCAGAUAUAGAUUUUUGGGAAUUCCCUUUGCCUCAAAACAUAUUACCUCAUUU